GACUGUGGGAAGGGGGGAGAAGGAACUACUGUAAGAGUAAGAAAGUCCUGCCCAGCUGUUUGCGAAGUUUAAGAUUUCCUGUUUCCCCUGCAGCGCCGAAGUGAAGUUUCAGUGAGUCACCCGCGGUCCCGAGCAGCGGAGCGGAGCGGAGCGGCGCAGCCCCGCUCCUGCAGCCCCGCCACCGCCACCGCCGCCACAGCCACCGCGGCCUCCCCGCCGCCGCCGCGCCCCGCCCGGCCCCGCUGGGCUCUUCUCGGCCCCGCUGGGCUCCGCUGGGCUCCGCUGGGCUCCGCGAUGCCCGCCCGGCCGCACGGCAGCCCGCGGCCGCUGCCGCUGCUGCGCCUCGCCCUCUGCGCGCUCAUGGGCAGCGCGCUGCUCCGCGCUGAAUUUACAUCACCUGUAGACAGAAAUAAGGAAGGUGGACUGAAAAUGCCAAACCUAUGCAAAUUUUGUGAUAUUAAAGUAACAACGUGCUCAAACCAACAUCAGUGCAGGAGCAACUGCAACAUCACUUCUAUCUGUGAGAGGAGUAGUGAAGUCUGUGUUGCUAUAUGGAGACAGAAUGAUGAAAAUGUGACAUUAGAAACAAUAUGCCAUGAUCCCCAGGAAACACUGUAUGGUCACUUUUUGGAUGACUAUCAUUCAGAGCAGUGUUUGAUGAGGGAAAAGAAGGACGAUGGGGGAUUGAUGUUCAUGUGCUCCUGCACAGGUGAAGAAUGCAAUGAUAUGCUCAUUUUUACACCAGAUGACCCUCAUAAGCCAGAGGAGAAGGAUGAAAUUUCCAAAGUUACAAUCAUAAGCCUUGUCCCAUUGCUGGUGAUUUCUGUGGCUGUGAUUGUUAUCUUCUAUGCCUACCGCACUCAUAAGAAGAGGAAACUCAACAAGGCAUGGGAGAAGAAUGUUAAGCCCAAGAAGCAUAAGGACUGCAGUGAUGUCUGUGCCAUUAUGUUAGAUGAUGACCGCUCAGACAUCAGCUCCACGUGUGCCAACAACAUCAACCACAACACAGAGCUGCUCCCCAUUGAGCUGGACGUUGUUGUUGGCAAAGGGAGGUUUGCUGAAGUGUAUAAAGCCAAAUUGAAGCAAAACACAUCUGAACAGUAUGAAACUGUGGCAGUCAAGAUUUUCUCCUAUGAAGAAUAUGCUUCCUGGAAAACUGAGAAAGACAUUUUUUCAGAUGUAAACCUCAAGCACGAAAACAUCCUCCAGUUCUUGACAGCAGAGGAGCGUAAGACAGAUCUUGGCAAACAGUAUUGGUUGAUCACUGCCUUCCAUGCUAAAGGAAACUUGCAGGAAUAUCUCACACGGCACAUCAUCAGCUGGGAGGACCUCUGGAAACUUGGUGGGUCCUUGGCCCGAGGGAUUGCCCAUCUGCACAGUGACCACACGCCCUGUGGUCGUCCCAAAACACCUAUUGUACACAGAGACCUAAAGAGUUCCAACAUCCUGGUGAAAAAUGAUUUAACCUGCUGUCUCUGUGACUUUGGGUUAUCCCUGAGGCUGGACCCUUCCCUGUCUGUGGAUGACUUGGCUAACAGUGGGCAGGUUGGCACAGCAAGGUAUAUGGCCCCUGAGGUUUUGGAGUCCAGGAUGAACCUGGAGAACAUGGAGUCCUUCAAACAAACAGAUGUGUACUCCAUGGCUUUGGUCCUCUGGGAAAUGACAUCUCGCUGUAACGCUGUCGGAGAAGUGAAAGAGUACGAGCCCCCCUUCGGCUCCAAAGUGCGAGAGCACCCUUGUGUGGAAAGCAUGAAGGACAAUGUCCUGAGAGACAGAGGGCGGCCCGAGAUCCCCAGCUCCUGGCUUAACCACCAGGGCAUCCAGAUGGUGUGCGAGACCCUGACCGAGUGCUGGGACCACGACCCCGAGGCGCGGCUGACGGCGCAGUGCGUGGCCGAGCGCUUCAGCCAGCUCAAGCACCUCGACAGGCUCUCGGGAAGGAGCUGCUCCGAGGAGAAGAUUCCCGAGGACGGCUCCGUGACCACCGCCAAGUAGCGCCCGCCGAGAGCUCCAGACGGAGGGAGCCGCUCCUGGACGUGUUCACCUUGGCAAAGGAAGGAGUCUUGGUCUGUGCCUUGACUUGCUUCCUGGAGGAUGAGGCUGCCGCUACUCCCUUUAUGCUCCAGCUCUGGGCAGGGAGAUGUGUUGUGGGAGUUAAAAGCUGGGGGAGUAGCAGUCAUACCCUAGCACUGGCGGCCGGCAUCAUGUCGUAGGAGGAGCUAUGUGUGGUAGCACUUCCUCAGGAAGAGGAUUUGAAAAUAGCCAAUAACAUUAUGCACUUUAUUAAUGCCUGUAUAUAACUUUGAAAUUGCUAUUUUUAUUUAUAUAUAUAUAUACAUAUAUAUAAAAAGUAUGUAUAUAUAUAUAUAUAUAUAUAUAUAUAUAUAUAUAUGUAUCUAUAAGCAACCAUGUCCUGGGAAAAAAAAAGUUAUUAAAAAAAAGUGCUUUCCAGGAAAUUACCAGUGCAUUAGAAAUCCCACCCCUUAGGGAAUGAACCUGGGGAGACUGGUAUAGCACCACACCAGCAAUUGUGCACUAAGCGUUCUGCCAAAAAAUAGGAAUAAUAUGCAAUAAGAAGAUGACUCUUAAAGGAUGUGCUGUGACCACCUGGCUGUGGUCCUGCUGUUCACAGUUGCAGGAGCAGUCUCACAGCAGACAGGCCAAGUUGCAUGGUCCUGUCCACAGCACAUUGGGGAAGGUUCAGGAAUGCCUUUUCCCCUCUCAUCAGAGCCCCAGAGUCCUCAAAGUGUUCCAGAACAGGCAUGUGAGGAGGUUUGGCCCUUCCCACAUGUGUGUUUUGUUAUUGAGUUCAUUAAUGUUGUAUGUUUAUUGCUUUGAAUUCGUGCUGCUUGCAAACAGGUUGCAAAAUAUCAGCAGGAUGAGUUUUCCCCUCCUCCCAUCCCCACCCCCAACCAUACAGAACAGGACAGGGCCAGUGCAAAUCCAAGCAGAUGUUUUAUAUUUGCAGUGCAUUCUGAGUAUGGGCAAUCCUAUAUUUUUUCCCCCCUGUCUUUUACCUUGAUUUUUUUUGCUUUAAAAACAAUGUUUUUUUUCCCUCUACAGUGUGUCUUAUUUCUAGACAAACCACAGCCUGACUCUGUUCCAUGGUUUCUAAAGUAAGAGGCAACAGCUGGUGCCUUUACUUUUGCAAAAAGGCCUUGGAGGUGAGGGAAAGCUCCAUAGCAAUAGGUUAAUGGCAUAUCCUGCCCUCAGCAUUGCUUGCAUUUAGGGCUGCCUCAGCAAGUCAGCAAUUCACAGAAUAAAAAAAAACAGAAACAAAGAAAGGCUUUUUCAACAGGAUCUUUCAGACUUUGCUUACAUUCUUUCAGUUCCCCAAAAUGCUUGAGACAGUUGACAUCACAUCAGGCCUAUAUACAUGACAGCAAUGUGUGUUUAAGAAGUGCUAAAAAUUUUGUCUUUAGGUGUUUUACAGUGAUUUAUCCCCUUUUCUCUUCCUUUUGGCAUGUCAGCAGGCCUUGCAAGUUAGAAAUUCAACAGCACAAACCAAUGCUGGACAGAUGUAUCUGGUGUGAUUUAGUAAACACCUUUGACAGAUAAACAUCAGUAUUUCUCUUGAAAAUGUUGCCAUACAAGUCAAUAGGAAUCAUGCUUAUUCGAAUAAGAGUUAAAAUUUAUGAUGGCAAAUACUUUAUUUGAAAUGGUUUUGUAACUGGUUUUUUUUUGUUUUGUUUUUUUUUGUUUGUUUGUUUUUUAAUUUUAACCAAACUGCUCAGAAAUGUUAGAGCAACGGGGACAAAACAGGGCAAAACCUCCACACCUACAGUGGAACUUAGAGGUUCAUUUUUGUAGGGAUGGAAUGCUGUAAAUUCACAGGUCCUUAGGCAGAGGUAGGAGAUGUGGGUGGGGAGUGCAUCCAGGCAGGUAAAUGUCUCAGCCCAUUUCUCUUCCUCCAUCCACACAGAAGGUCAAGCAAUGGCAACCAGUAGUUCCUUACAGUACUGACAUUUUUAUGGGGUUUUUUAACACUACAUGUAAAGGGAAAUUUUUAUUCUUUUAAGGAAUAUUUCACCUGUACAUCAUGUAUGAAAUAGGAAUGUGAGCAAUAUAUACUCUUGUAUAUCAAAAGUUUCAAACACUUACCUUGCUUUUUAAGCUGUUUUGAGGGGGUUUUCAUCUUGUUUUGUAUAAAUCAAAUGUUUAUUGGAGCAAAUAAAAUAACACCAACUCAA